AUGCUGCAGUGCACCAGGGGCGCCCUUCUGGCCGCCUGCCUGCCUGCCGCGCUCCUCGCCGGGCGGAUCCGCGUGGACGACAGCCUGCGCCCCGCCGCGGCACGGGGCGGCGGGGCCGCCUGCUGCUGCACUCGCGGGCCCUGCGGCGAGAAGGAGCGCACGACAGGCAAGGGAGUGUACCACCCCGACCAGAACAAGUGCUGCAAGCUGAAAGACGGCGGCUGCCCUGGCACCUUCAGCACGUCCCGUUUCAAGGAGGAGAGCGGGGCGGAGAUGUGCAGCGCGGAGCAGGGGGGGGCGCGGGAGCUCCCCGGCUGGCAGCUACCCGGGGCGCCGCCCGCCGUCGACCUGAGCGCCCUCGAGGAGGGCAGCCACGCGCACACGCUCCACACCCACUGCCAGCAGAGGGAGGACCGGACGCCGAGGCGGAGACCGCGGCCGUGA